GUCUCGAUGACGUCGUACAGGCGGGUCGUGCAGGGGUUGAGAAGUGCACCGAAAAUCCGGGGGACCAUCUCCACUCCCUACCCCUAAGGCUCGUGAAGCUCUCCCUGCGCUUCUCACAGCUCGUACAUUUUCCUUUGUUAGAACGCGUCUUCGUUAAUUCCUGCCGUGGAAGAGGCUACGAUUACUGCACAGGUUUCUACGCGACAGAAGUUGGGCGCGUCCUACGCCACCUCGGAUAGCUGCGCACCCCUGAAGCCCGAGUCGCGAUGCCUGUCAACACCAUCUCUGUGGGCGCGGCUGUGACGCCCACGGUUAUUCAGACCUAUCUUUCGCAUUACCUCAAUCGCCGACCCCUUGCGCAAAAGCCCACGGCACACAUCUCGUAUCACGAAGGCCUCGAGCUCAUCCGCCGCUUUCUCCACUAUGCCUCGUUCCACACGGUCGACGAACUACAAGCCUUCACGUCGCAAUGGGUUCCAGUGCCGCGCUGGGUGCACGUGAAUGUAGUCGAGGUUUCGGCCACUCUACUACAGCGCUCAGCGGAACUACUCAAUGCGCAAUUGGGACCAGAAGGCAUCAAAGCAGUCGGAGGAAAGAACUGGUGGCAGUGGAGACGCGAAGGCACAACCCUCAAGGCUGAGUGGAUCGAGAUGCGCAAGGACUACGAUGCGAGGAAACAGCUGGCAAUUACCAAAGGCGAUCGCAUAAUGCUCUAUGUCCACGGUGGCGCCUACUUCUUUGGCAGCGUCGAUGAGCAUCGCUAUCAGAUGCAGAGGCAUGCGCGCAAGCUCAAGGCUAGGGUUCUGGCGCCCAAAUACCGACUUGCGCCUCAGUUCCCCUUCCCGUGUGGUCUGCAUGACUGUUUGGCCGCCUACCUCUACCUUCUCGAACAAAAGCACGAUCCUACGACGAUUAUACUCGCUGGUGACUCGGCAGGUGGUGGCAUGGUACUCAGCAUGCUCGUGACAAUGCGCGAUCAAGGCAUACCAUUGCCCGCGGGAGCCAUCUUGAUCAGUCCAUGGGUAGAUUUGACACAUAGCUUUCCUAGUCUAGGAGGUGAUGGCAAGAUGGAUUACAUACCCUCGCAUGGCUUCAUCCACAAGCCGAGCAUGAGCUGGCCACCUCCCAACGCAGACGACAUGCUUAGCAUCGAAGCAUCCCUCAAAGGUUCCACCAAGAAGAAGAAUAGUUCAGACAAGAAAGAAGACCACGCGGCAAAGAAGGAGGCGGAAGCUGAGCGCGUACGAGGCUAUUCCGUCCAAUCUGGAGACCUACCACCUCUAGAAGAGGUCGCCGAUCCAUCAGCUACAGGACAAGGCAUGGGUACUUGGAUCUCGUCAAAUGGAAAAUACAGCAUUGGACCCAAGAGCCAGCUAUCGGUUCAGCUCGAAGAUGAACGCGUGGAGAUUAAGGACCAGAUCCAGAUGUACGCCCCGAAUCAUCUCUUGACACAUCCUCUGGUAUCGCCGGUGCUACAGCCGACGCUCGGAGGAUUACCUCCUCUACUCAUCCAAACGGGUGGUGGUGAGCUACUCAGAGACGAGCAGAUCUACCUCGCGCACAAAGCUGCGCAACCACUGGCUUACAUACCACCACCUUCCAACAACCAGACCGCCGAGUCCAUACAAGCUCAAGCCGCCAGUUAUAGGCCCACGAAUGUUCAGCUUCAGGUCUGGGAUGACCUAUGUCACGUCGCGCCUACUCUCAGCUUUACCCGCCCAGCAAAGCACAUGUACCGUAGUAUAGCCCAGUUCGGUGCCUGGGCACUUGCACGCGCCCAGAACAAGUCCAUCGACAUCCUUGAUGACGAUGACAUUUCCUUUAUGAGCAGUGAUUCAGGUACUUCGUCCGAGUCUGACAAGGCUGGUUCCGGUUCUUCCUCAGACGACCCGAAGUCCUCGAACAAAUACCCCAAGCCCACAAAGGCCGAGAAGAAAGCUGCUCAAGAUGCACGUGUUGGUCGAGCUGGUGACGCGAUUCCGCCAUUCGAGCGCCACAUGAUCCGCCAGCGCAUCGAUCGGCACGGGCGUAUAUAUGCACUCGCCCCGAAGGAAGAGCUUAUUGCACUGAACAUUCCUAGCGUCGAUGUGGGCGUGCCAAAGACUGGACCAGUCAGCAAAUGGAUGAAAGCCCAAUCUCAGUGGAACAGCAAGUUUGCUAAGCAAAAGAUCAAGAUCCAAAAGCAGCGUAUUAAGGAUAUGCAAAAAGGCUUCGAAGGCUUCGAGGGCGAGACACCCCCACCUACUGCCUUGGCUGGUAGGAGGAUCAAGGGCAUGAAGGCCGAAAAGGCGAAGAAGAGGAGUUGGGGUAUGUCGAUGUGGGCUGGAUGGGGAAGUAAGCAUGACUCAGCUACUAUUGUCCGAGAGGAGAAGGCAGACCAGAACCCCGAUACGGAGACUUCUACCUCCGCCCAAGAUCCGGCCAACACGACCACCGACGGUGCAACAGAAAGCAAGCCAACACGGAGUCGACCCAACAACCUCACCGCCCCAGGCGUGAAACGCUCGCGUUCCCACUCCCGCCACUCCGCCGUGACCGACCAAGGCCAAACCGGCCUCCCCAUGGAUGACCUCUCGAAGAUCGACCUCCCCACUCCCGGCCUCGCCGACGCAACGACCCUCGCCCCAGAACGCUCUGCCUCCCCACUCCCAUCCCCCACGAGCGUACUCAGUGAGCCUGGUGUACCACCCAACAUCAUCGUAUCAGACAAUCCCGAGAAUUCCAGCACCAUCAUCCCGGAAACUGAUACCCUGACUACGCGCCCAACGGCUGGCGGUAUCGCGUACCCGUUUAGUCUCAAGGUGGAUGGGCCGGACGGGAAGGAUGUUAACGCUAGUACGCUUACGCUUGCGAGUGUCAAUAUUACUACGCCGCCUGCUAUUGACGUCGAUUCGGAAGAGAAGCAACUUGGUAGUAUGGUGCCGGUUGGUGAGAGCGUGAAUGAGCAGGUGUUGAACGAGGAGAGACCGGGUGUUGAGCGGUACUUUACUGCUGGAACUGGUGCGGGUCUGUUCAGCAGUGGUGUGCCAGAGGAGAAGGUCGGACAUGUGGAGAAAGUGGAGAGGCCGCCUGUUGAGAGGUUUGAGACAGCGCAUGAUGAUUUGAGCACGAUUGCUGCUGCGAAUGGGGGGAAGGCGUGAUACUUGCGGCUGGGUAGAGAGCUGUGAAAAGAUUGAAGAGGAAAGAGAAGGAUGAGCAAAACAUUGUAGAUACCCAUUUCCUUGCCUUUUGUAAUCUUAAUAUAAACGUACACAUUAUCACAUCCUUUAC